AUGCAGUCCUUCGUCUUUGGCUUUUACCGCGAUGCCAAUUACGCCAUCCUAGGCACCGGGAACUUCCGUCUUUCCAUAGAAUUUGGCUUUGCAGACAGCACACGCUUCUACGAGGUGUACUAUCCCCAGCGAUCUGUCGUCGAGACAUGCCCACACGGAACCCGCGGUCUGUGGAUAGACGAGAAGACUGGCCAUCAGUUUUCUUUCCAAGUCAACGCAGACCUGACAGAGGCUAUUGUCACAUUAGAUUCUGACACUCUGAAGGGAAAGGUGUACAUUCACUCGCGGGCGUUGCCCCUGACCGCGGAUGGGAACGUGUGGCCGGCUGAGAACGCAUCUACCGCACCUAUUCCCUACUGGCACUGGUCACAGCCCAUUCCGGCCGGAACAGUGGAAACCGACGUCGAGAUUAAAGGCAAUCCCAUCAAAUGGACCGGUAUGGGGGGACAUGAGCGGUUCUGGUCCGCGUUUAGUUGGUUUACAUGUCUGAGAAAGCUGCAAGCAGUGAGAGCCAUGUUGGGUCCCUAUGUGCUCAGCUAUUUUGCUUUCACUUCCGAGAUCAACCCAGAGCACUCGCACCAGUCUGUUGUCCUUUUCAAAGAUGGUGCCCCAGUCUUUCGAAGCACGGCCAAUACUCCCUCUGAUACGGAAGACUAUGCUCUUGUCACCAAAACCUAUGGUGGAGCUGUUACAGGCACUCUCAAAGACAAAGUCACUGGCUUCCAGCUGGAACUCGUUUCGCCUUCGAAUAUGCAUCACUACACUUUCUUUGUGGAGCAUCUCAACCUCGGAUUUGAAUACAUCCUCGGAGAGGGCGUGGGAGGUAGUGGCUUCUCUGGCCGCUCAAGAGGCGGACAUGUAGGGCUGGGCCAAUAUGAUGGAGUCGCCCUCACCGAGGCUCUGACUUUUCCUCAGAAUUCACCCCUUUUCAAGAGCAAUUACGUAGAUUAA